AAGGUCUAAUCGACAAAGCAAUGGAACAGCGUUAGGAGAUGUAGCCUCAUUUUAACGGGUGAAUAACAAUAGGUUCGCACACCAUUUGUUCCUCCAUGAUCUUGGAGUCCAUGUGCCCCACUGGUAUGGAAUCAGCUUUCCAACUCCCCUAGGUAGAUCCUCCGUAUCCACCGAGCCAGUUAAAGCGCCAGACAAUCGCUUUUUGUCCUUUUAUUUUCGUAGACAAUAACGCCAUGAGAAUGCAGUGAGUAGGACUUCACUGGCAAUAUACUUGAGGCGAUGUGAGAGCAUUUUAAAACAGCGAGCUCUCCGCACACUCAGCUGUACCAGGGCGUUUUGAGGUGUGUUAUUCAGUUGUCGCUAUUACUUAAGCGCCGAAGAUCUUUAUUGUGUUGUAUCUCGAACUUUACAGUUCAGUUUAUUGGUAAGGUCUUCCAAAUCAUUUUGUGAUUUCUGUUCAGUUCCCCUCUAGAUUUGUAUGCAUCAUGUACCAAUUAAUUUCAAGCAUUAGGAUCUAGUGGCAUUUUCGGUGCAAAAGUCUUUCCAGUAUGUUCACUUGCAUUAAGCUCGGUAUAUGAAACAAUAAUUUGUGUUUUGAUACAAUUUACAAGCCCUAGACAUCUCAUUAAUGUGAAUAAUGGUGUAAAUUUUCAAUUAUAACCAAAGCACAAGCAUCAAAUUCAUAGUCAUUAAAUAACAGGUUAUUCUCACUGUUUAAUUUUCUAAAUUGAUCAGAUCUUUUUUUCCUGGAAGAUGCUUAGGUUUAAACAAUGAUUAACAGGAAGCGCUCAUACUCAUCACGUUCCCGUUCCAGGUCAUCAGGAUUCUAUACACCAAGACGAAAAAAUCGAUCCAGAUCCAAUGAACGCUCUAAGUUCAGUUCUUCGUUGAAAGAAAGAAAUCGACAGAGGUCACAUUCAAAAAAUCUUGACUACAGUCCUCGACGUUCUUUAAGUCCUGUUGAGCGAAAGUCGAAGUUUUCAAGGCUUAGAAAACCUGAAAUACAAUCAAGUGUUAAUCCAGUCGCUGACUUUCAGACUGAAGGUGUACGAAGCACUGCACGUGAUUCACAUUCUCCUAUACCUUUAACAGAACGUUUCACUCGUCUGACAAAUUCAGGGACGGCUGUAUACAAUAAACGCAGGUAUGGUCGUUUUGGAGAUAACCAUCGUCUUCCACAUCUUAUACUUACCAAUAAUACAAAGCUCCCCCCAGCAACUCUUAUGCGUCAGGCUAAAGAAAUUUCAAUUGUCAUAGAGCGAACAUUUCCUCUUAAUAUGGACUUAUCAACACAUGAGAAACCUGUGACAUUUGAUUUUCGUCAUAGUCACAUUGUAAUCCCACGUCGUCCCAAUGAAGGUUACAAACCUGUGUUCGAUCGUCCUGGAUUAAAGUUUUACAAUACUGAAGCGGAUGAAGUUCAGAUUUACAAACGUUUAGUGGACACGAUUUCCUCCUCAAAUACACGAAGAUCCAAUAAUAUGGACAACAAAAAAGAAAGUGAGUAUCACGACAUAAGUCAUUUUACAGGUCCCGGUCGAUUUUAUGGCAGUCGAGUAGAUGAACGUUUGAUGGAUUCAAAGCGUACUUAUCCGUUGGAUCCUUCAGAAACUCCGAAAGGACAUUCUUAUUAUCUUCAUGAUGAUCGAACAGAUGAUGGGUAUGGUCCGAGGCGCCGAUGGAAUAAUAAAUCCGAUCGUUUAUACUCUUCUAGUUACCAACGUGAUCGUCGAUCUCGCCGCACUUCUCCUUCACCACGAUCAUCUCGUUCUGAAAUUAAACCGAAAAAGUGGCUCCACGACAAAUUUGAAGAGAUAGAAGGGGACAAUAGUUCACAAAAACCGAUCCCAAUGCCUGUUCCUGCUCCCAAACCUAUAUUAUGGUCUACUAUUGGGAAGGAAAUCUUGAAUGGAAAUAAAACUGUUGUAAGUGAUGACCAAAAUUACAGCCCGAAUAGUGCAGCCAAUCAAUCACCGCUAACAGACAACGAAAAUAUUACCAAUACACUAGAGACAAAAGUACAAUCAGUUGUGGCCAAUUCAGCUGUUCGUAGUAAUGAAAAAGUUUCUACCAAAGAAGAGCAUUUUAACAGUGAAGUUUUCCAUCUAGAUGUUGAUCAUGUUUUUGACGAAGCCAUUGAACGAUGAUCUAUGUCUGAUAUGUACAGUCAGCAUUUUGUUUUGACAAUAAUCACUUCCUGUCUGUUACAUUGCUUGUAUAUUCAAUUUGUUUAUAUAAGCAACUUACGUUUGCAUUCUGAAUUUCGUUAUUUUUUUAUACAUAUAUAUAUAUAUAUAUAUAUAGUUUUCAGAAAAGAUAUUUCAUUUAA